AUGUACUUGUGUCUGUGUUUGUGCCUCUGCCUCUGCCUUUGCCUCUGCCUGAGCUUGAGCCUGAGCCUGAGCCUGAGCCUGAGCCUGAGCCUGAGCCUGAGCCUGAGCUUGAGCUUGAGCUUGAGCCUGAGCCUGAGCUUGAGCUUGUUCCUGUGCCUGUGCUUGAGCUUGAGCUUGAGCCUGAGCUUGAGCCUGAGCUUGAGCCUGUGCCUGAGCUUGAGCCUGGGCUUGAGCCUGUGCCUGUGCUUGAGCCUGUGCUUGAGCCUGUGCUUGAGCUUGAGCCUGUGCUUGAGCCUGUGCUUGAGCUUGAGCCUGUGCUUGAGCUUGAGCCUGUUCCUGGGCCUGGGCCUGGGCCUGGGCCUGGGCCUGUGCCUGGGCCUGUGCUAG